AUGGCCACAGUCCGGAUUUGCGUCUGCGGCGACGAGGGCACUGGCAAAUCCAGCCUCAUCACCUCGCUUGUCAAAGGGGUGUUCGUCACGAACAAAAUCCAGCCGGUCCUUCCUCAGAUUACCAUCCCUCCGACGAUUGGAACUCCCGAGAAUGUCACCACCACGACCGUUGUCGAUACAUCGGCCCUCCCACAGGAGCGCAGCAACUUAGCGCGAGAGAUUCGGAAAUCCAACGUGAUUCUACUGGUAUACUCGGAUCACUACAGCUAUGAGCGGGUGGCAUUGUUCUGGCUGCCCCACUUCCGGUCACUAGGUGUCAAUGUCCCUGUGGUGCUGUGUGCCAACAAGUCGGACUUGUCGGCGGAGCAUAGCGAGGCACAAGUAAUUGAGGAUGAAAUGCUGCCUCUGAUGACAGAGUUCAAGGAAAUUGAUUCCUGUAUCCGCACCAGCGCCCGCGAACAUCGUAAUGUCAAUGAAGCUUUCUUUGUUUGCCAAAAGGCCGUGACGCACCCGAUCGCGCCGCUAUUCGAUUCGAAGGAGGCUGCCCUGAAGCCUGCGGCCGUGGCAGCUUUACGGCGCAUUUUCUACCUCAGUGACCAAGAUCGGGAUGGAUACCUCUCGGACAAGGAGAUCAAAGAUUUCCAAACGCGCUGCUUUGGGAAACCACUCAGUGAGGAGGAUCUGGUCCAUAUCAAAGAGACCAUCCAAAAGAACUACCCGGAAUCUGUCACUGAUUCUGGAAUCGAUUGCCAGGGCUUCAUUCAUUUGAAUAAGCUAUAUGCAGAGAAAGGGCGCCACGAGACAGUGUGGAUUAUUCUGCGCGCGUUCCAAUACACGGACAAUCUGUCUCUACAAGAGAGCUUCCUGCACCCCCGGUUCGAAGUGCCGCCAUUUGCCUCCGCUGAAUUGUCUCCAGAAGGAUACCGGUUCUUCGUGAACCUCUUCCUCCUAUCGGAUAAGGAUAACGACGGGGGUUUGAACAAUACCGAGCUGGUAUCAUUAUUCGCUCCCACCCCAGGCUUGCCGGCCUCAUGGGCCGAUGGGUCAUUCCCGUCCUCGACAGUGCGCAACGAAGCUGGACAUGUGACACUUCAAGGAUGGCUCGCGCAGUGGAGCAUGACGACCUUUUUAUCACCAAAAACAACGCUAGAAUAUUUAGCCUACCUGGGCUUUGAGCCGUCCGAUCGAAGUAAUCCAUCCAUUACCGCUGCAUUAAAGGUCACACGACCACGCAAGCGGCGGCGACGUCCUGGCCGAGUGGGACGAAAUGUCGUUCAAUGCCACGUUCUGGGAGCCCCCGGGUCGGGGAAAUCAGCCCUUCUCGACGGCCUACUGUCGCGUGGAUUCAGCACCACGUACCACCCCACGAUUCAGCCUCGCACCGCGGUGAACACAGUCGAACUUCCCGGCGGAAAGCAAUGCUACCUCAUCCUCGAUGAGCUAGGUGAACUGGAACCUGCUAUUCUUGAAAACCAGGCCAAACUGCUGGACCAGUGCGAUGUGGUCGCCUACACGUACGAUUCAUCCGAUCCCGACUCCUUCGCAUACAUCCCAGAACUGCGUGCCAAGUACCCGCACCUUGAGGAACUCCCAAGCGUAUUCAUUGCCCUUAAAGCUGACUUGGAUCGAACGACCCAGCGGGCCGAGCAUCAACCCCACGAGUAUACAGCUCUGCUAAACAUGCCCAGUCCACCGCUCCAUGUGAGUGUGACUUGGAGCUCGAUCCCAGAAGUGUUUGUCCACAUUGCGGAAGCGGCUAUGGAGCCCAGCACGGCAUUCCCCCGCAGUGAGGAGGAUGAAGAAGGCAAGUGGAUGUCGUGGGGCAUCGCCCUCGGAGCGGUGGUUUGCGCGGGGGCCGCUGCGGUAAUGAUCUGGCGGCGGGUGAGUGGCAGCGGGCCUUGA